AUGACGGGGGCAAACGACAUCGGCAGGAAAAGUCCCGGCGACAUAGGUCGUGCGAUUGAAUCAUUGUGCCGUCACGUCCGGGACCUGUCACCGAGUGCCACAGUUUUUGUUUCGCACGUGUUGCCUCGGUGCGAGAAUCGGUUCGACGGGUCCCUCACGCAGGACUUCAUCUGUCGCUGGAACAGAGAUGCGGAGGCCGUCAAUCAGGAGAUAGAAGCGUUGUCAUGCUCCUGGUUACAGCCAGUGCGACAUCCGCGAUUUUAUGAUUUGAAUGGUCCAAACCGACGCCUCCUCAGCCGGGAUGGGCUUCACCUCAGUUUUGACGGCACCGAGGAGGUGUGCCGCAAUAUGUACGAUGCGGUCUACAGCCACAAAGCUUCGGAAGCCACACCGUCAUCUCAUGAGCGGCACUGCAUAAACACCUCACUACUGUACAGUGAAUCAGGCGGUUUCAAGGAGGGUGCAAACUGUGACAUGUGUCAGCGUAUCGCCGGCGAGGUCAUGUGCUCGCCCAAGAUGUGCGCCCCGUGCCCACUAGGAUUCUUUCUAGACAACAUGAAUUUCUCGUGCGCACCAAGCCCGCCUGAAGUGUUCAAGUGCGGUAACGGCAUGUGCAUUACACUGCAGCGGUGCUGUGACAGCGUCAUAGACUGCAUCGAUGAAGAAAAUGACUGUGUGUCGACUCCGCCCUUUGUCCCGCCCACUGGCGCCACGGCAUCGCCCACUUUGAUACCGCCCAUGACGUCACUGUAUCACGGCACGCACACUGUAAUACCGCCUUCAGUCACUGGAGAUCCUACACUGACGCUAGGCAUAAAUGGGUUAAUUGCCUGCACCAGCAAGUGGUCCACCUGGCUCAACAGAGACAAACUGCAAUAUGGCAACGGUGACAGAGAAGUCAUGACUCAGAGCGAGCUAGCAGCCAUCUGUCCGGCUGACAAGAUCAUCGCUGUGGAAUGUCAGGCAGUGGACGUUUUGGACCGAUGCUCAGCGCUUUGCCAGCUGUCCGGCUGGCAAGAUCACCGCUGUAGAAUGCCAGACAAUGGACGGUAUGACCUCCUACAGUACUGGGAAAGUAACGCAGUGCACCGUCGGGGGCGGUUCUUUGUGUCUAUGAAUCUCUGACAAUGACCCGAUCCCGUGCCGGGGCUACCAGAUCAGAUACUAUAGCACGUGUGAAUCCGUGUAGCACCGCCCAGAGGCUGUGUACUGCCCAAUGGGCAAGGUGACCUCUAUCAGGUGUGCCACAGUGGACGGUAUCGCAUCCUACAGUACCGGGGAAAUACAGCAGUGCACGCUGGAGACCGGAUUUAGAUGUAUGAACGACAACAACUUCCCUGUUACGUGCAGUGAUUAAAAGAUCAGAUACCCCUGUGACUGCAAAGUGUGUACAAACUUAAUUCCAUCAUCUUUAAAUCAACGCGAAUCGACGGCCCAUGCCUAUGCACCAAAAGGCAAAUACAACGAGUGUUUUAAAAUUCCAGCCUGGUUCCACCUGGAAUCCAUAUAAACCUCUCAGCAACAACACUGAGAACCUGACGUGCCAGACGAGCGCAAUGCGUCUUAUAUCCGUGUUACCCAACGACACGAUCGGCUUCUUCACGGUGAUUGACAACCUCGAGCUUAGCAAGAACAAUGAGCGUAUCCUCGACCUUCUGGAAUUUGCCCGUUACUGCAACUCGCACUCGGCAUACAGUCACGUGACGCGAGGCUUCACCAACUUAACAUACAGUCACGUGACGCGAGGCUUUACCAACGAUUGCAACUGCUUUCAGGCAACGGCAACAGAGAGCAAGAGCAUUGGAAAUAUUGGGCAAAGGAGGCCGCAAACUAACAAGGUCUUAUUCCGUACCGAAGUCGUGUGGCUGUGGUAUUUGCACUGGAGGAAAAAAGAUGAAUACAUGGGAUUACUUCAUUGCAGUAACUGGUUUACUUGAUUGUGGCUCUAUUUAUGGACGUUGUUUUGUGGAUCUUUACAAUUGUUAUUUAUUUUGAGGUUUCCACAUCAUCAUGUUAUACAUGUGUGUUAACAGAGGUUUUUACAAUAACAAGAAGUGAUGUGUUUGAGAAACACUAUGCCCCCAUAUAUUUGACCUUUUACCUUGAAGGAUGACCUUGACCUUGAUCUUUCACCACUAAAAAUGUGCAGUUCCAUGAGAUACACAUGCAUGCCAAAUAUCAGGUUGCGAUCUUCAAUAUUGCAAAAGUUAUGACCAAGGUUAAAGUUUUUGGACAGGCACACAGACACACACAAUGACAGACAGACAGGCCAAAAACAAUAUACCCCCCUCUUUUUCGAAGAAGGGGGCAUAACAAUACAUGUUGAUACUCUUUUCCAUGUUGUGUUAUAAAUAGUUAAAAAAACAUCAUUGAACGUAAGCUCGAGUCUCACUAUUGCCGACAGAGACCCGCUACAUCCCAGUUUGCUAAAACGCCGGUCGACCGGCGAGGACGGGAUGAUUCGUCGAAUUUUUUCAACAAGGUUACACUUUUUCCCGGUGCCGCCCCGGUUGAAGCCGGUCAACAACCCGGCAGAGUUCUGGUCAACCCCGACUAGCUAUGGUUUAUCCCGAUGAAGCACCGGUUGUCGCCGGCAAUGUCCAGGUGGGGACCCGGUGAAAGCCGGCCCCGGUGGAGCUACGGUGCCGUCCCGGUUGUUCCCGGUGCCGUCCUGGUUGUUCCCGGUGCCGCGCCGGUCGUUGCCGGUCCUUCCCGGUGACUCCCGGUUCAUCCCGGAUGUAUUAAACAUUUAUAUACUUACCCGGUAGAGCCCCGGUUAAUCCCGAUCGUCCCCGGCGGAGCCCCGGUUCAUCCCGGAAGAGCCCCGGUAGAUCCCGGAUCACGCAUCGGGGCCCUACCGGCAUCAUAGUGAGACUGGGCCUUAAUAUAUAGGAAAUAUUGUGUUUGAAAAUUGUGUGACUGGCGAAUAGCGCUCUAUACAUUGAAGAAAGAGCCUCUUAUUUAUUGAUUUCCGAAUGCAUCGAGUUUUGCUAUUUACAUAAUAAUUUAAUGCCCUUAUAAUGUUUUAUGAAAUGCACUUUGUCUUGAUGUGGAAAUAUCUCAUUUGAAAAUGUG